CCCUAUCUCUCCUCCAUUCCCUUUUGUUCUCUCGGUGCGAUCUCCGUUCCGCCUACGUUUAGAUGGUCGACCGUUGCGAACCACCCCCCUCCCUCCGCGACUCUUAGUCUCCGUCCACGACACGUCCUGACCCGCCCAUCCCAUCUUCCCCCCCAUCCGCCGCUGGUGUGGUGCCAUUGAUGCGCCCUCCGUCUUGGGGUUCCGCUUCCUCGCCUUCUCCCCUGGAGCGAUGCCCGCCGUUCUCGAAAGCAUGACCUCCACCCCCAACUCCCAGAGCCUCGUCAUGGACCCCUCCGCCGACAAGAAGCGCAAUAAACUCGGGUACCAUCGCACGUCGGUCGCAUGUGGUGCGUCUUUUCAUCUCCCUUGUCUGAGAAUGUUUUGACCCGUUAGAGAGUCUCCCCGGUCACUCAUGCGAAAUGCAGUCCAUUGCCGACGGCGGAAAAUCCGAUGUCUCGUCGCGGCCGGCGACGCCCAGGGUCGCUGCGAGAACUGCAUCCGCCUGCGCAAGGAGUGCCAGUUCUACCCUGUCGACCAGCAGCCCCCCGUCGAGAAGAAAUCGCGCCCCAACUCCCAACUCGAAUCCGCCUCCACCGACCCCUCCACUGCCUCCUCCUCACCCCCGCCGGUGGGCGGCGGCGGCGACCAGCCCGACGCCUUCUUUCCCUAUCCCCCCAUGCCGCUGAGCUCCGGUCCCGACGGAACGACCUUCAACCCCAGCGCCUUUGCCGCCGAUCCCAUGGCAUCCUUCGUACCAGGCCCGCCGGUAGGGACCGCCGAAUUCACCGCCGCUCCCCCGUUAGAUCCCUCCGUCCCGUGGGACGAGUUCACCACCAUCUCCGAUCCGCAAUUGCUCGCCAACAUAGCCGGCGGGAAACCGGCCAUGAUGAACAGUAUGCCUUCCGCCAUGUGGAGCCCACCCCCGAACGCCAUGGCCCCGGUGCCCGCCCCCUCCACCAUCCCGAGCACUCCCACCGUCCCUUCCCAAUCCCAAGCCCUCAGCCCGGCCUCAACGUACGCCCUCCAACCGGAUGGCUCCGUCUGGCAGAUGCCCCCGCGAUCCAUGCCGUUCGCCGCGCCGCCAGACAUGUCCGCGCAGCCCUACCCCCCGAAUCCGAACUCGUAUCCGCCCAUGCCCCCCGAUCUCAAACGCCGCGUGACCAGCCCCGCGCAGUCCUUCACCGGCGGCCCCGUCCACCCGCAGAGCCCCCCACCGUCGGAUCUCCCCACGGCCGCGAUGUCCGUCUCCUACCCGGGUCAACCAACCGCGGUGGGAUAUCCCGGCUGGCCAGACGUCCACGGCAUGUCAUCCAUGAACAUGGUGCAGUACCCCAUGUUUGCGGGCGAUCCGUCGCAGCAACCGCCGUUCAACGGGGGACCACCCAUGGGACAUGGCCAUCCGGGGGCGUCUCCGGGGUGAUGACUAGACCGUCUGAUUUGUAGACUGGCCUAGAUUUUAUGGCCAUUUCAAUGCCUCCUUUCUAUUUUUCUU